AAAUCCAGAUGAUGAUGAGAAACCAUGGUGUUACAUCCUGAAGGACAACAGUUUGUCUUGGGAGUACUGUGACAUUCCAUCUUGUGCAAGCAGGGAAAGGAGGCCACCAGUUCCAGACAGUGUAGAUAGUUUUGCAGUAAUCAGAAGACCAUGUGGGAGAAGACACAAAAAAAGAAGUUUUGUGAGACCGAGGAUUGUUGGGGGAUCUUCAUCUCUGCCUGGAUCUCAUCCCUGGACAGCAGCUAUCUAUAUUGGAGACAGUUUCUGUGGCGGAAGCCUUAUUCAGACUUGCUGGGUCGUGUCAGCAGCACACUGCUUUGCUAACAGUCCACUCAAAUCCACUAUUACGGUAGUUCUGGGUCAGCAUAUCUUUAAUAGAACAACUGACAUAACACAAAAGUUUGAAAUAGAAAAAUACAUUUUGCAUCCUCAGUAUUCUGUGUUUAACCCUACUGAACAUGAUAUCGUUUUGAUAAAGCUGAAGAAGAAUGGCCAACGUUGUGCUGUCAAGUCCCAGUUUGUUCAGCCCAUCUGCUUGCCGGAAAGUGACACCAUUUUCCCUGCUCAGUUCAAAUGUCAGAUUUCUGGAUGGGGACACAGGCAUGAGAAUAUAUCUGGUUAUUCAAAUGUCCUGCAAGAAACACUGAUUCCAAUUAUUCCUGAGGACAAGUGCAGAAGCCCUGAAAUUUAUGGAACAGAAAUCACUGAAAAUAUGUUCUGUGCUGGCUACUUCGAUAGCAAAGCUGAUGCUUGUCAG